AUGUCAAUUACAAUCUCAACAUGCCAAUAAAUUAGUCAAUCACCUCUUAAUUUAAGUACUGCAAAACAACUUUGGUCUUUUCCAAAAAGCAGUCGCUUUGGUAAAUUAGAGAAUCCAAAUAAGUAACUGUGCUUUUAAUUAUUAGUUGUGCAGUUGCUUUUUAUGAUCUUCCUGAUUAAAAAGAAAGGAGAGCUGCAGGUGUGGGCUAUUCUUCUAAGUAUAAUAAUUUCUAUGUUCAUAUUAGAUAUGAUUUUACUAAAAAUGGACCUAAGACUCCUGCUCCUGGCACUUAUAAGAUAACUGGAGAAUUAGAUAUUAAUAAAACUAAAAAUAGAGGGUUUCCCUUCGGUGUAAGCAGAGAUGUAUAAACAAUUUAUUAUUUCUAGAAAAUGUGGUAAAGUGGAAUAAUGGGUGGAUUAAAUAAAGUAACUCCAGGACCAGGAAAAUAUGAGGCUUAAUCAACCCUCAGUUAAACAAGAUAUACUAUGCGACCUAAAAACUCUUAAGAUAUUAUGAUUCUUACCAAAAAUGUUCCAGGUUUGCAUUUUCUAUUUAUUCUAGGACCUGGAGCUUAUAAUUAUGUUUAAGGAAUUGAUUCUAAAGGAAGAUAUCCUAUUUCCAAGUUUUCUAAUAGUUGUGCUACUCUUUUUAAUCCUCCAAGAUCUAAGAGAUUUGACAAUAAAUAAUGUAAAUUCAAAUUUUCUAUUUAUCUCAGACAGCAAUGAUGUACCAGGACCAGGAAAUUAUAAAUUAGAUAACAUAGGUAUUUAAAAGGUAAUCUUUUUAUUUUUAUUUUUUUAAGACUGGAUUUUAUCCUGUUUCUAAUUUACAUUCAAGUAAAUGUAGAAGUUUCCCUCAUGAUAUCCGAAAAACUUACUCAGUUUCUAGUAUGUAAACUCCAGGACCUGGUUAAUAUCGAUUACCUUCUGAUUUUGGAUAUUAUGAAUCUAAAUCAAAAUCAAUAUCUAGAAAUUGAUCAUAGAAUUUAUUUUUGC